UGGGAAACUCAAUAUAUUACCCAAGAAGAAGCUUGAAGCAAGUUUCUCAGUUUCACUAACCUUCUUAAAGCAAACAAAACAAAUUGUAUUCCCUAUUCUGACUGGAACCAACCCAACCGCCGUACCCACUGCGCCCAACCACCACCCAACUACCCUACCGCCGUGGUGUGAUGGAGGAGGAGCCUCCGAUCUACCGUCUCCCGCACGACACGCUCCACCAGAUCUUCUCCUCCCUCCCCCUCCGCCAAAUCAUCCUCUGCCGCUCCCUCUCUAAGUUUUUCCUCCACCUCCUCUCCGCCCCCUCCUUCCUCCACCUCCUCUCCAUCUCCCACCCUCCCCUCCACCUCCAUCUCCUCGCCCUCCGCCACCGCCACACUCCUCACGCUUCUCACACUUCUCACACCUCUCUUUCCCUCUUCGAUCCCGACCAUAACACAUGGCUCCAUUUUCCCCUCGAUUUUCUCCCCUUCCAUUCACCUCUCCCCGUUGCUUCCUCUCACGGUCUCCUCUACCUCUGGGCCCAGCCCAAGCCCAAGCCCAACGCCAACCCUUCCCAGCCAGACACCACCGCAACCAAAUCCCUCAUCGCAUGUAACCCUCUCACGCGCACCUUCCGCGUCCUCCCCCAUCUCGGCUCCGCCUGGUCCCGCCAUGGCGCCGUUCUCGUCGACGCCGACCACCGCGUCAUGGUCCUAACUGAACUCGCGGCCCUCUACUGCCACCGCACGCCGAAGUGGCUCAAAUUCUCCUCAAACCUCCCUUCCAAACCCCGCUCCCCUCUACUCAUCAACCACUCCGCUUUCGCUCUCUGCGACGUCGGUUCCCCCUGGCGGAGCCAGUGGAAACUUUUCUCCUGCAACAUCGCCGCAACACCUUCGCCUUCGUGGUCGCGCCUCGAGCGCCACGAGUGGGGGGACGUAUUCGACGUCCUCAAGCGCCCCCGCCUUGUUCGGGGCCACGGCAACCGGAUCCUCAUGGUCGGCGGCCUCAAGUCCUCGUUCGCCCUCAACGCGCCCUGCUCCACCAUCCUUGUCCUCCGUCUCGACCUCGACAAGCUCGAAUGGGACGAAGCAGCGCGCAUGCCGCUUGAGAUGUUCCGCGCCUUCCGUGAAUCGACAAAGUUCAAAGUCUUCGGAGGCGGCGACAGGGUUUGCUUCUCCGCCAAGAGGAUCGGGAAGCUGGCGCUCUGGGACCGCUGUGCCGCCGAAGGGGAGCAGUGGCGGUGGAUCGAUAACCUUCCCGGGAAUGGCGACGGACUCUACCGCGGAUUUGUGUUUGAAGGGAGGCUCCAUGCUGUGCCCUGAGAAUUUAGGGUUUGUGGUUGGAAAAUGGAUUUGGGAAGCUAGAGAUUGGCCAUUGAAGACGCCGGCGUAGUGCGGAGAGUAGUUAGGAAUAUCUCGCCGGCCUCUGACCCAAAAGAAAGAGCUAGCCUAAGCAGCGUCUAAUUAGAGAGGAGUGAAGUCACCAUUUUCUUUGUUCUGUUUUGUGCGUAAGUGUGUUUUCCUCGGUUUCACUAAUAAAGUGUGAUUUGACUUUGAGAUAUAUCUCUUUGGUUAAAUGUUUAGUAGGAUUUCUGGUUUUACUCCGCUAUUAUCAUUUUGGAAUUACCAAAAAGUAUUUCUGGAGCAAACAGAAAAACCAGCUGUUUGUACAUGUAGAAUAAUAUUA